UGACAUCUAGCUACAAGCCUCUAAGAGUACAUAAGAUACGCCUCUAGGUAGAGAGGUUGUUUCCGAUAGAUCUUUAGCUCACAAAAGACACAAAGAAAAGCAGUAGCACCAACCAGUAACAACAACAAGACAGUAAGAAAACGAAGCGAAAGGAAUAACAAGUAAUACUAAAAAAAAUCUAACAAUAAUAGAAUACAAUACUAACACUACACGUACAACUUAAAUCCUACGUACAUCAAAAACAAUAAACAAAUUCAAACCAACAAUUAUUUCUAAUGGGUCCAAAGAGGAUUAAUCUUAAUUACUAUCCUAAAUGUCCUAAUCCUGAAUUAACAGUGGGAGUAGGUCGUCAUUCUGAUGUUUCAACACUAACCAUUCUUCUUCAAGAUAAUAUUGGAGGACUUUACGUGAAAAAAUUGGACAGUAAUUCUUGGGUUCAUAUCCCACCAAUUGAUGGAGCAAUUGUGAUUAAUAUUGGAGAUGCUUUGCAAAUUAUGAGUAAUGGAAAAUACAAGAGUAUUGAGCAUCGAGUUAUGGCUAAUGGAUGCAAUAAUAGGAUUUCAGUGCCUAUUUUUGUAAAUCCUAAACCUAAUGAUUUGAUUGGUCCUUUGCCAGAAGUGGUUAAGAAUGGAGAGAAGGCAAUUUACAAGCAAGUUUUGUACUCAGAUUAUGUCAAGCAUUUCUUUAGAAAAGCUCAUGAUGGGAAAGUAACUGUUGAUUUUUCUAAGAUUAAUUAAAAAAAGAUGGUUGUGUUGGAAAAAUAACUAAUAUUUUUUUAUACUAAUUAAGCUAAUGUUUUUCCUAAUUCAUUUGUCUUCUUGUAAUGUGAAACUUUAUUUUGUUUGUAAUAAAAGUUUGAUAUGUAUUGUAUUUCAAUUAAUGUUGAAUAAUUGCACCUGGGUUCAACUUCUUGUUGGAAAAGACCUACACAUUAUAUUGGAAUCAACUUGCAUUUUUGA